UAGAAGAAAUGGGAGUCCAUGAAGAGUUUCAUGGAGGUCAUUGGACCCAAUCCCUUAGUCCUUCUAGAUUCUACUGGAAUCUUCCACACUCCCUGAUCAUAUACUCUCUCCGAUCGAGCCGACGAGYCCCAUCGGAGAAUCUCACUUCACCGCCAUUUCCGUCGCCUUCUACUCCGUCGCCGGUUCCCCGUUUCAUCUCUCAACGCAGGUCGCAACCGGAGAAAAUCGAAGAUGUUCGGCGUCGUCUUUCCUAAUCGAAGCUUUCCGAUGGACAUUUCAGCCUUCUCUCAGAUCGACACUUUCCAUUGGGUUCUCGACAUGAACACAUUCGUAGGUGAAGCGUACGAUCAAAUUCGUGAAAUGUGCAUAUUCUUGUUGAAUAGUUUCACUCUUCCUCCCGAUAAAGCCCUAGCUGUGUAUAUUCAGUCCCCUGGGUCUCAGUUUCUGUUCUGCGGUGCCGUGACCUUAGCCAGGCCCUCGGCGGUGCUCUCUCUUCCGUGGCCGGAGCCCGGCGGUCAGAUGCAGCUCAUGGCGGCCGAUUCGACCCCUCUCUCGGCGAAAAUUGGAGUUUCCGUUGAGGAUUUGGCUUCCCUGCCCUCGCUUGAUGUCACAGCCGAAAAGCGAAUCGAGCGUCUGGCUCUAAAAGUUGGAGAAAAUCUCUUUAAUUUCAUGCAAUCUUUCUGCGGUGUUGAUGGAUCUAAGUUGGUUGUGCCGAUGGAUAUCCUGGACAGAUGGUUCAAGAAGUUUCAGGAGAAAUCCAAGCGCGAUCCUGAGUACUUGAAGGGAUUCGUUUUGUAAGRUUGAAUUCYAUCCCUCAUUUUUUCGUGGGGGAGAUUUUUGAAACGUUGUGUUGUAGUAAUCUCUGUGUUUUACGAAUGGGGAAAUUUGAAUGUUCCUUCAAUCUAUGAUUCACUGUCCUCCUGUGCUUGAUAGUGUAUCAAUUUGAGAUAAAAGAAAACGGGCUUUCGCCAUUGCUGCAAAAGAGGAGCAGCUUUAGGUGACAAACUCAACUUUCUCAA